GAAUCUCUCACCUGUAAAAUCCCUCUCGGCAUUCGAGCUUUUCUGCACUGCAGAAGGCUCUCCGUGGACGCCGUGCACUGCAGGGCGUUAUAUCAAGGUGACCGCGGCGGAGGAAUGCCAAGCUCACCCCCUGGUUCGUGAAUCCGAGUCGCGUAUAAGGUAAACUUGAACUUGAACCACUUUAAGGUCCGGGCGCGCAGUCAGCCAAACCUGCAGUUGCGGGCACCGAACCUUCAUUGAGCCUUUGCAAAGCUGAUGAGCUGUGCUUUAUGGCGAAAGUGAUCUCUUGAGUCUGGCUACAAUGCCUAGCCCUGAGAGGCACGAUAGCGAUCAGUCAGAUCUUGAACUCUUCUCCGCCGACGACGCGGUCCCCAGAUCAUCGAACUUGGCUGCAAAGCGGUCCGAUCAUGCUUCUCCCUCUCGGUCGACUCAUCCACUUUCUCCCAAUUCCUUAGACCUAAAUACGCAGCCCUCCUCGGACCCGCCUACAAGACCCGACUCUGAUGGUACUGGUCAGCGGGAAAGCGCUGCAAUAGGAGAGGCAGGAUACUACAAUACGGCGGGCCAACCGCGAACUGACAAAGAGCCCUCCGACUGGUAUGUUGAGGGGCCCGGGCGCAGAGUUGGUUACGAUGACCUGACAGCCAUCGAUUGGAUCUACGAGUAUACGAAGGAGCGCCAACGGCUAAGGGCGCUGCUGGCAUCGAGUAACAGCCUCGUCGGCCACCUCAGGCAACUGUUAGACGCGAGCCAUGUCUGGGUCGUGCUUGUUGCUUGCGGAAUUUCUGUCGGCUGUGUUGCAGCGUUCAUCAACAUUGCCUCAGAUUGGCUGGGAGACAUCAAAACUGGAUUCUGCCAAUCGGGACCUGGCGGCGGGCAAUUCUACCUAAACAAACAGUUCUGCUGCUGGGGACAUGACGACCUAUCUCAAUGUCAAGAUUGGACGCCAUGGCCAUCUGCAUUAGGGGUAAGAGGUGGUGGGGGUCAAUACCUGGUCGGGUAUAUCUUCUUUGUUAUUUUCUCGAUCAUGUUUGCAGUCUCUGCAGCCGUCCUUGUCAGACACUAUUCUGUGUACGCCCGGCACAGUGGAAUCCCGGAGAUCAAGACUGUCCUCGGUGGCUUUGUCAUGAGGCGUUUUCUGAACGCCCGGACUCUCAUUACAAAGUCUUUGGGUUUGUGUCUGGCGGUGUCCUCUGGCAUGUGGCUAGGGAAAGAAGGACCUUUCGUCCACCUUGCAUGCUGUUGUGCCAACCUUAUCAUGAAGCCAUUCAAGUCUUUGAGUCAAAAUGAGGCACGGAAAAGGGAGGUGCUCUCAGCUGCUGCCGCAUCAGGAAUUUCAGUCGCUUUCGGCUCGCCCAUUGGUGGGGUCCUCUUCUCACUCGAGCAGCUAUCCUACUAUUUUCCGGACAAAACUAUGUGGCAGUCAUUCGUUUGCGCAAUGGUGGCGGCAGUGACUCUUCAGGCGCUGAACCCAUUCCAUACUGGAAAAAUUGUCCUGUAUCAGGUCACUUACACGACCGGAUGGUACGCCUUCGAGCUUAUACCGUGCGUUCUUCUUGGUAUCAUUGGGGGCGUGUAUGGAGGCAUGUUCAUCAGGCUGAAUAUGCUGUUCGCACGUCUCCGGAGCGCCGAAAGCUACCCACUUCGCAACAAACCAAUUCUGGAAGCUCUGAUUGUCUCAGCUAUCUCUGCGGUCAUCAACUAUCCCAACCCGUUCAUGCGGGCACAGCUUUCCGAACUGGUGUAUUAUCUGUUCGCUGAAUGUGCCACUAUCGGCAACAACGAUAUCUUCGGUUUAUGCAAAGCGACGACGACUGGGGCCCUGUCAAUGGCAUGGCUCUUGAUCGCCGGAGCCAUCCUGGGAUUUUUAUUGUCUAGCAUUACAUUUGGAUUGCAACUCCCUGCUGGAAUCAUACUGCCUACACUGGCUAUAGGCGCGCUCUACGGACGGACUCUGGGAGUUCUCGUAGAACUUCUUCACAAGCAUUUUUCAACGUCUGUUUUAUUCGCAGCAUGUGAGCCUGGCGUACCCUGCGUGAUACCAGGCACUUAUGCCAUCGUGGGUGCUGCAUCAGCAUUAGCAGGAGUCACGCGACUAACGGUCUCUAUCGUGGUGAUCAUGUUCGAAUUGACGGGCGCACUUUCUUACGUCUUACCAAUUAUGAUUGCCGUGAUGCUGGCAAAAUGGAUUGGAGAUGCCCUGUCUCCUCAUGGAAUCUACGAGUCCUGGAUUCAUUUCAAGGGAUACCCUUACCUUGAGAGUAACGAGGACGCGGAUAUCCCUCAUAUUCCUGUCGCAAGCAUCAUGACCAGGAUAGAAGAUAUGACAUGUUUAGACGGCGGUCGGCCAUAUACUGUGGAAGAUCUGCAAAAUAUCCUCCGGACCACACCUUAUCGUGGCUUUCCGGUGGUAUUGUUUCGGAAGGCUGAGCAUUCGAUCACUGAUUCAAGAUCGAGGUCGCUUUCAUCACAUGCUAACACGCUUCUGGGUUACAUCUCUCGCACUGAACUUUCAUUUGCUUUGGAGCAGAUCAAGAAUAACGGCAACCGAGCAUCGGACACAAGGAUGGGUCAUAUUGAUCCGAAUGGACUCUGUUAUUUUACCUACGACCCGGAAAUUGCUUCUUCUGGAAGCAUAGAUUUACGGCCUUGGAUGGACCAGACACCAAUCACAUUGAAUGCGAACAGCUCCCUACAGCUGGCAGUUCACAUGUUUCAAAAACUUGGGCUACGAUAUCUCCUCCUGGUCCAACGGGGAGGGCUUCAUGGCAUUCUGACAAAAAAGGACGUCUGGUGGAUUCUCUCAGCAGCCGGAUGCGACGAGAAAGCGAGAGAUCUCAUGGCAGACGUGGGAGUGAUUCAGGACCCAGCCACAGAAGACGACACAGAUGAAGCGAGAGGACUUCUCCAGACUGAACCGGAAUCCAGCCUUGAUCAGCAUGAGAGAAGGGGCUGAUUCACCUUGAUUAGAAGCUCUUCUACUUCGCUCUUGUACACCGCGAAGUUAUUGAAGACUGCGGUCACAAUGGAGUGCUGAUGAUAGAAGCUCUUCUUCAUCAAACCCAAACGGUCGCAAAGAUGCGGUCGCGUGACGAUUUCAGGCUAUAUCCACAUCGAAAGCGAGGUGUUCUAUCUGCGAGUAUCACGCUACUUGACCAAAAAUGGAGCCCGCUUUGCUACUAUGGUUGCUGGCUGUAAAAGGGCCCCCUGAGAUUUUAUAAGCGAGCUCUGUCCGCAGCGAUGAUUUUCCAGCAACUUCAUGCCUGGCUGGCAUGAUGGAGGAAACGGAGGCAGCACUGCAUCAGGGGUUCAGUUCCGGCGCCAUUUCCACGCCGAUCAUUGCAGGUGGGGACAUGCAAUAGUAAUGUCGCUUAGAAGACAAAAGAUUCGAAGAGGCAACACUCCUGAGCACAUGGCCACUGGGACUUUCCCAAGGCCCACGACCCAGCUGCCACGAGGUGAAGGCGCAAUGAUCCAUCGUCAGCGAGCACGGGGGGAGCGCUGGAAGUCAUGCCAGUCAACCGGGCUUCCCCAGUCUGGUUUGCUCUUGGGGCGGUCAUCAUUUCGGCUUGCUUGCGGGAGAGCGAUCAUAUCCAGUAGUGCCAGCCAAUGGCUAACCCCGUAUCGAGCAGUGCUCAAGGCCUAAGGAAUCUACCAGUUGUACAGAAACCGUCUGUCGAAGAUCAACCUGGAAUAUUAUUGCCUCCAAUCACUUUGCACCACCAUUCUGGAUGUCACAGCGGCCAAGAUCAGUACUCGCUGUAUCCUUUUACCGGUGAUGUUGGUGCUGCUAGAGGUGGGCAAUCUUCCAGGUCGUCGUACGCCUCUCCCUAGCUUUGGGCCUGAAGAGGCGCCACGCUCCGUCCUAACGUCUUCGGUGAAACCAGCAGAAAAACACUGGUUUGGCAAGUAACCACUAUGACCGAAAAUGACCGAACGUGGCGCUUUGUCUUGCCCGAGACGGUCCACUCCUUCAAGUCCUCCAACCGCUCCUGCUAGUCUCUCCAAGAGCGUGGUCUACUACUACUGCUUCGGUGAAAACAUACCAUAGCCACAUGGCAAUUUUGGUCGAACGUCCUCCACGAACUCACUUCCAGUCUCGGUCUAGCCUUCAUGUUGUCUCUCUACCGCGAGAGGCGGUCCGCCUAGCGUGCUUCUGCCGGCUUCUAGCGGAUCAUACAAGACGGGCAUUAUUGGGUGACGCCCAAUUCGACCAGCCCCAUAUUGCCAGAACUUUCAACACCAGAUGAAUAAUAGUGAGCCCCUUUCCUUAUCAUCUAUGACUAGCUGGCCGACGGGAAUCUCUUUUCUAGGAGGCUGCAGUACUGCUAGUCGUAGGCCGGUCUGUCGCCAGCUCUUCCCUCUGGGCUAAGGGAUCUAAGUCGUGAUUCUUCGACGCAGCAGUAUCUCGCUUCAUGGAAAGAGUCCGAGUGAGGCACAAUAAUAAUGAAAGACCAACAAGGAAGUGGCCCUCCCCCACCUCGCGACGCAUUCGGGCCGGAAUUCGUCCUUGAGGUUUAGGUAAUGGGCGUUGUUUACCUCAGCCCCGUUCCUUCUUUUUUGGCCGAAACACCUGAACGAGCCAGCAAUAUACUGUACUAUAGGAAAUACCGGCCGUCUAGGCGAGCUGGCAGUGCUUACCCCGUUAUGUGUGACAUGAAAUCACCACAAUUUUUAGAUGCUCUGCCAUAAGCUGCGGAAUGAAUCCCUUUGGAGGGAGAUGGAUUGGAGAGACACCUGAAGGGCCAAAGGAAUAGCCCGCUAUACUUAAUCUACUACAUCUUCUCGCAUUGGCCCAUAUCUCCGGAUCGCCAUCGAAGCUGUCAAAGACCAUGAUCUACUGGUGGGCUCUACCAAGCUGUCAUCCCGCAAUGUCUCUUGGGACCAGUGAUUUCCAAGAAAGUGCUGGACCCGGCUGGUGGAGCUUUAUCUACAUUGUAUGGCCGAUGGGGCAGUGGGCUGCAGUGGGCUGCAGUGCGAAAAACUCACAACAGACAAGGCGGCUGUCCAGUUGCUCCAUCUGCUGUCAUUUCUCGUUGUCGAUCUUCUGUCUUUGACGUACAACUUGUGGACAUGGCUUCUUCGCAUAUGCCGCCUUGCAUGAUGUGCGGUCCCUCGGCCUCCACGACCUCUCAAAAAAGAAAAAGGCUACUAAGGUAUCGAAAGCAGAAAACGUCAAGCAUUCGGUAGCAAAGGCGACGUCGGUGAUUUCUACCUAUGUAUGCACCGUGGUGGACUGCAUCUGAUUCCGUCACUAAAAUGGCUAGUGGCUGAAUUGGCGAAGCCCUUGUGUUGCAGUAUUAGGAAGAAUGCGCGAGCGCCCACUUCUCUUCUUCAUGCAGGUCUGCAACGGAGCUUCAGUGGCUUUGCCCUUGUUUGAGGCCGACCUCCUCGGUUUCUCCGUAAGUGCUAACGAGGAGUCAUAAUCACUGAUGGUGUCUAUGCAGCGCCCCUCAGGACGACGCCGUGGCACGGAAGCCAAUGUUUGAACAUUGUAGACCCCGGCAUGGGUCAAUGUCGUGCUACCAAUGAAAAAGUGCGAGGCUGCUCCCUCAGCCGCUCUCCCGGCUUUCGCUGACGUGCCACGCACGUGGUUGCAACUGACACGGUGAACGACGGCUGCAGAUUCGCUGCUGCAGAGGGUGUCGUACGUGAUCCAGGAGGCCAUCUUCUUGGUGGCCGCCUUCUGGGGUGGAUGAUGCCGAUGACAACUUACGUUGUACAGGCUGCUUCUUUUUACACUUUCGCGAAGCGAAGCGUGGACGACUUAUGCAAGCCAUGGACAAGUGCUGACGAUCAGUACCGGAACAGGAUUUGGUUCACGGACGACAAUGCACGAACCAUCUGAACAAACAUCCUCUCGCGCAAAAGAGGCACUAAUACUGAGUGCCGCCGAUUGUCAUUACUCAGGUGGCCUGUCCGAGUCUUGAGAGCUACCAUCACUCGGGAUGAUUACAAGGAGCACCGACGACUCUGGGUGCCACAUCCUGAACCAGCUGUCCGGAUCAUUCUCAUACAACCCGGGCGUUAUGGUGCCAGGUUUCCGGCUCUGUGACUGUUUCAGCUCUCUCGAUACUAGGGUCCAAGGCCUUCAACGGCUUUUCCACAUUGCUGUCCAGUACAGUAUCUCUGUGAAGGCGUUUGCUGCAACGUUCAGCUUCUGCAAGGAACUCCUGACUUAGCCUGAAACGGACUGUAUGAACGUAUGCGAGCAGUGCUGGCCGUCUCAUCAGAGACCUUGCCAGGGUCAAGGCUGUCUUCCUAGACUUCGAAACACCAGAGGCUCAGUCAAGAUCGCAGAUACUACGGCUUUUCACAGGCCACCUCCUGCACCUCAGAAGGCACUUUAUCACAACCUUUGACCCGUGUUAAGUUCUAAGCGGAAGUAUAGGUAGUGACUGCACCUCUGUCUUUCUUUACCAAGCGUAUGCGGCGGGAAGAUUGCAAGCCAUGACCAUCAUGAUUGGUGCCGUUAGGCUUCCUGGCUUGCCUUACUAGGUGGCGCCGGUACCUGCGAGGUACUGCCCGCGAACCGAA